AUGUAUACGGAUGGGGCUUCCAGCCGAAAGGGUUGCGGAGGCGGCAUGGUUCUAAUAUCCCCCGAAGGGUUCAAGGCGUAUCGAGCGUUCCGUUUCAACUUCCAGCUAUCUAAUAACGAAGCAGAGUACGAGGCUCUAAUCGGGGGGCUACGGUUAGCCCAGACCAUCCCGGUCCGACGCAUUAAAAUCAAAUCGGACUCCCGCCUGGUAGUGGGACAGGUAAACGGCAUAUUCGAGACCAAGGAGAACAGGAUGCGGCAGUAUAAAGAGGUGGUGAAGCAAUUACUUGCAGGGCUGGAGCGAUGGGAGUUACAACAAAUCCCGAGAGCGGAAAAUGGGGAAGCUGACCUACUGUCGCGCUUAACACAAGGGGUCGAGGAACACCUCGAGUACAUAUCACGGAUUGCCCAAAUCACAGACAUAGACAACCCGAGUAUAGAGAGAGACGAGAUCCUCACUGUCUCGCCCGCCCAAGACGAGUGGAUACGCGAAAUGAUCUUGUAUAAAACCGAAGGCGUCGCUCCGGGGGACCCCGCACGGGCGCGGAAAGUAGUUUUAAUGGCUCCCACCUACCAAAUCUACGAAGAUAGACUUUUCAAACGAUCUUUCGGAGGACCCCUGUUGCGAUGCCUUACGAAAGCCGAAUCCGAGCGAGUGAUGUCAGAACUCCACGAAGGUAUGUGCGCCGCGCACCAAGGCGCUAACACGCUCGCAUGGAAAGUGAUCUUACAAGGAUACUACUGGCCGAGGGUCAGGACGGACUGUCUGGAAUACGUAAAACGGUGUGCAACCUGCCAACAUUUUGCGAUCUUGCCCGGUCGUCCCGCGACGUAUUAUACCCCAGUUACUUCGGCCAUCCCGUUUGCGAGGUGGGGCAUCAAUCUGCUGGGCCCGUUCCCAAAGGGCGUCGGUGGCCUUCGAUUCGUAAUCGUGGCUGUAGAUUAUUUCUCCAAGUGGGUAGAAGCAGAAGCCCUGGCAUCAAUCACCGAACACCAGUGCCGCAAGUUUGUCUGGAAGAACGUUUUCACGAGGUUUGGAUUACCGUUGCAGAUCGUGUCGGAUAAUGGGAAACAGUUCGAUAGUGCAGGUUUUGGACAAUUUUGCGCAUACUACGUGGUCGAACAUACCAAAGUGGCGGUGGCGUAUCCGCAGGCGAAUGGGCAGGUAGAAAACACGAACAGAACCAUCCUAGACAGCCUAAAGAAAAAGGUCGACGCAACAGGGGUAACUUGGCAUGAAGAAUUGCUGUCGAUACUGUGGGCUUAUCGGACACCACCGCGGAGGGCAACCGGGGAGACACCAUUCGCUUUUGCGUACGGCUGCGAAGCACGGUUACCCGUAGAAGGGCGCAUACAGUCCGGAAGAAUGCUACAAUAA